GCAUAAUUGGGCGAAUAACGAAUAAUGGAAUGGUUAACCGGGUGUUGUCAAAAUAAAUAAAUUCCUAAUUUUACUUAAAUUUAAUUCUAUAACUUACGUUACAAAAUUCUUAUGUGACAAGAAUGUUACACAUAUAAUGUGUUGUUUUUUAACAAUAAUGAAAUGUCGUUAAUUAUCAAUAUAAAUAAUGAAUUUGUAGGUGCUAAGUAAAUUUAACGAUGUUUAAUGAUGUAUGAAGUUGAGAACCAUACAUUUUUAUUAUUUAACUAGGUAUUGUUAUAAAUUAUUAAUGAAUACGAAACAUGUCGUCACCAAUAAGACGCUUGUGCCAUUGGGGUCCAAUUGCAGUUUUAGGCAUAAUCAAAUUGAUAACAUGGUCAAUGGUGCAUUUGAUGGGGAUGUGGUGGCCACCUCACGAAAGUCUAGGUGCUGCCGUUCAUGCGGCUGUGUUCCUAGGUCUAGCUGCCUCUACUCUCUACUACUUCCUACAGGCCUUGCUCGAAGGACCAGGAUUUGUGCCAUUAGGAUGGAAACCAGAAAAUGAAGCUGACACAGAUUAUCUCCAAUAUUGUUCAGUUUGCAAGGGAUAUAAAGCACCCAGGUCGCACCACUGCAGGAAAUGUGGUCGCUGCAUAAAGAAAAUGGAUCAUCACUGCCCGUGGAUUAACUGUUGUGUCGGUCAUGCAAACCAUAGCUACUUCACAAUGUUCCUAAUAUCAGCUGUGUUUGGCUGUUUCCAUGCUUCUAUUGUGCUGUCCUUAUGCCUGUACCACGCAAUCAACCGUCUGUGGUAUAUCCACCAUGGUACAGGCCAGGAACCGAUGAUAUACCUCACUCUGACCACAUUGCUCCUCACUCUGCUGGCUACUGGCAUGGCUAUAGGCGUCGUCUUGGCUGUUGGGACUUUGCUAUAUUUGCAGAUACGGGGUAUCGUUCGAAAUCGUACCACAAUAGAAGAUUGGAUUAUAGAUAAGGCGGUCUGCAGGCGGGAAGAGCAGGGUCUGCCCCCCUUCGUGUUUCCCUACGACUUGGGGUGGAAGAGGAACGUCCACCUACUCCUCUUCGGGUCGCAGUACGACGGAAUACGGUGGCCCGUCAUCGACGGCUGCGGGACAUACGACCUGACGCUGGAGCAGCGCGCGCAGAAGGCGGACAAGCGGCAGCGCGCGCGGCUGUACACGGCGCGCCGGCCCUACUCGGGGCGCUGGCUGCCGCUCGCCGCCUACCCGCGCGCCGCGCUGGCGCCGCCCUGCAGCGACGAGCCGCGCCUGCCGCUGCGGCCCGGCCAGCGCCUGCGCGCCACCCGCCAGCGCCGACACUGGCUUUUCGGCGAGAAAUUAACGGAGGCAGGUGAUGGUGUGCGCGGGGCUCGCGGCUGGUUCCCGCGCGCGGCGGCCGCGCCCACCGCGGACGCGCCCCCCGCGCCCCCCGCGCCCCCCGCGCCGCCCGCCCAGCGCGCACACAAGCACAAGCCCGACUAGCUACGCGACGCCCACGGGGCUCGCGUGAGCCACGAACACGUCGGCCGCUCUGCGAGUCCAUAUUUAGUAUCAGUUAUAAGCAUUUCAUAAUCUUUUAUACUACUAUGAACUCAAUAUUUCAAACAACAACAAAUAUAACUAUUUAAAAAAUGAAAUAUCUCUAUUAGAUAGCAGUUUCAAUGACAAUAUUUAUUUAUUUAUAUCACAUAUAAUAACAUAUUUUUGGUAGUAUUAUAUUUGAAUUUAAAAGAAAGUGUUCCGAUCAACUUUCCAUUCAUUUAAAUAAUAAUUGUAAACUAUUGAUUUGAAA